AUGGAUCCCAUUAAGACGGAUAAAGCUUUCUACCAUAAUCUACUAAUCAAAAAUAUUACGCUGCUGCUCUACAUCUCACAAUGUUUCGGUUUUCUCCCAUACCCGUGCUAUGUUCUACAACAACACAUCGAGCGUGGUCACCUCCGUACGUGGAUACGGUGCUGUUUAAACGCUGUACUGUCCGUGCUUAUUUUCAGUAUCUCUUUGAUCUGCUACUUGAUGCUGUACAUGUACUAUCCGUAUCUAAUAUACAAGGAUACCUUUCCGGGUGUGAUUCGCAUUAUGUAUCAUGUGGAAAGUUGGUUAAGAGUGGUGCUGGUGCUGAUAGCGUUGGCUGGACCCCGGCUAAGUGGACGUUACUUCCGAGAAACUAUCGACACUCUCGUGCACGUAAUGCAGCUUUACGAUAAUGCUGAGAAGCUACAGGGGUUAUUUGGCGUAAAUUACAUCACCACCAACCGAUUGUUACUACUUUACAGCUGCCACGGGCUGGUUGUCUCUGUAACGGUGUGGAUAAGCACCGAACAUCCGAUCUCAACGCUGUUAAACAUGAGUUGCAUAGCAUCGUACGUGAUCAUAACCGUUUACACCCUCCUGUAUCAGGCAUUACUAUCGUCCGUUGCUGGAAUUGUGGCUUGUUUGAAUGAUACCCUGCUUGAAGUUACGUUGCUAGAGAAGAAUCACCCAGAACGAUCUUAUGAGAAACACACAACAAUCAGCUACAUAAGGCUUCACAAUGGCAAACAAAUACAGAACCACAAUCAGCAGGUGGAUGUUGCUACAUUCGAAAAAUUGUCCACAUUGCAUUUGGCUCUUAUGCGUCUGGUUCGAAACGGCAACAAACAGUUUGGUGUGCUGAUGCUGGUUAUCUUACUUUCCUCCUUCGUUCAAACCAAUAUCUUGCUCAUCGAACUGUACCAUAACAUCCGGCAUCCCAUGUUACCGGAGUACAGCAUGUGGAUCUACUUUCUACACGCACUGGUACACUUUUCGUUCUUCUUUGUAAUAGCCAAAACGAAUCAUUCGAUACAGCAACAGUUGAGCCAUCCGACAAUGGAUUUGAUCCUUUUCCUUUGUUUGUUACAGAAUGAACGCACAAUGCUUCUGUUGCAUGAAUUCAAAUGUUCCUGGAACGUUGAACAAAACAUGGCGGUAAGUACAUUAGAGGAUCUUUUUCAAUUUCAUCACACCAAACACGGUUCAAAAUGA